AUGGGAAAGACAUCGGAAACAACCAAGUAUUCGGACUUACUGACCACCUUAAUAGCCCAAGAUAUUUUAACAAGUUCGUCAUCUCAACCAGUUUACCUUUCGUCGGUUGAAGUGAUCGGUGGAGAGACCUUUUCAAGCGACUUUUUCAAGAAGUUGUUGGGGCCAUUGGUUGAAACAAGUGAUUAUACUUUAAGUCAAUUAGUUGAAAAUAUUACUGUUUCACGCGACAGAUUGGUUAAAGCGGAUGUCUUCAAGAGCAUUGGCGUUUCUUUACAUUCGGACUAUUCAGCAUCAAUCCCUCAAGUUCUUAAAUAUAAUAAGGACCAGCUGAUUCCUACCAAGGUGAUUUUUGAUGUAGAAGCUUCCAAUUUGAAUGCAGGCGAUGGGUUUUUGAAUUUGAAUAAUGAUGAUAACUUGAACGUCAAUUUGAACUAUUUAAAUAACAACUUCAAUGAAAAUGCUGAAUCUGUCAACUUUGGAGUUAAUUAUAAUCCAUACAAGCCAAAUCAGCAUUUAAUAGCAAAUGCUAAGUUUUUAGCUAACUUGAACGAUCCAUCGUUGAAGUUUUUAUUUGAUUUAUUUAACACUCAUCAGAAUAACCAAGCAUGGCAACAAGCAUCGGAAAAGACAACAGGUGGAUUGAUUGGUUUACAAUAUACUAAUAAGCUUAAAAACUUAUACAUUUUGACAGGUCUUUCAUUGGCUAAAAGAACAAUUCACGACAUUAGAGAUGGUGCUCCAGACGAGUUGAAAUACUUCUCAGGUGACUAUUUAAAGUCUUCAAUCGUCAAUCAAUUGGUAUACUCAAACGUAUCUUUUUUGAAUAGUAUUACCAAGAAUUUCCCAAUUAAUGGUUAUAACGUAACAAUUUCCAAUGAAAUUUCUUCUAAUCAAGAACAAGAUAAUAUCGAUAAUCAAACAGGAUUUGGUAAAUCUACAAUCUCUACUAAUUUAUUUGCCUCAUUUGCAAAUAAUAAUAUAACUGCUCAUUUAUUUAAUGAUAUCGGUGGCAUUUAUUCACCUUCUUCAAACCCUAUUCAUGUGUCUGACAGGUUCUAUUUAGGCGGAUUUCAUUCACUUAGAGGAUUCAGCAAGAAUAGUAUAAAUACCUCGGGUGCAUCUCAAUUUUUCAGAUUGGGGCUUACUUUAUACGCUAAAGUUCCUUCAUUUAUUUAUUCAAGCCACAAAAAUGCUGCUGCAAACAUUCCCUCAUUAGAAGACGGCAUAGGUUACGAAGCAAAUCCUUUGAGAUUAUAUACUACUGGAUCAAUCGGGAAUGUAAGUAAUAAUAUUCUUCAGGAUAAAAAUGUUGCUUCGAGUAUUGGAUGUGGUUUCAGAUACAUCAAUCAUUGGGCUAACUUUGAUAUUGGCUAUUAUUUAGCUCAAAGACACAAUUCCGAUAGCUCGAUUGGAAUUAAAGAUGGCUUCCAAUUUUCUGUUUCUAUCGGUGGAUCAAACCGUAAUGUUCAAUAG